AUGGCUAUUCCCCCUAGCUCUGCAGUAGCUGUAGUAUCAGUACUAUCCAUUUUUGUCUUCUCUUUUCCUGCUACUGCUCUCUCAGAAACCUUCAGACAAAUUUUCUUGCCCCCACCUGCCUUCGGUCCUGAGUCCAUUGCCUUUGAAUCUCCUGGCGGAGCAUUCUAUACUGGUGUUAGUGACGGUCAUAUUUUUAAAUAUCAACCACUUACUGGGUGGACAGUUUUUGCCUUUACCUCUCCAAACCGGUCUGUAGCGUUUUGUGAUGGCACGACCGAUCCCAAUAAAGGACCUAUCUGCGGAAGGCCUUUCGGUUUGGCAUACAAUAGUUUCACAAGAUUGCUCUACAUAGCUGAUGCAUAUUAUGGACUCCUAGUUGCUGAUUCAAAUGGAAGGCUUGCUAAACAAAUUGCCACUAGUGCUGAAGGGCAACCCUUCGUCUUUCUUAACGCCAUAGAUAUCGACCCAGUAACAGGAAAUGUCUAUUUUACAGAUGCCAGUGCGGUCUAUGAUCUGAGGAAUUCGUCGAAAGCUGCUCAGGUUAACGACUCAACACAAGGUUAUUGA